CAUCUUUAAAUGCGAUAGUUGUCUAUCGCACUUCCCACCUCCAACACCACAUGAACACAGAGGUUUGUGUGUGAUCCAUCUCCAACAUGUCGACAACCGCCCCAGCAGCUGCGGUUGCAGGCGCGCAGAGAAGAGAGGAAGGUGGAAUGAGUGUUCGUUGCUCUGCUGUCCUACAACUCCAAGAUACCGUAAUGCUAAUUUAUGCAAUAGCCAUUAAUCAAGUCAGCCCUGCAAGGACUCGCUGUCUUCAUGGCCAUGCAACUCUUCAUGAACAAAUUCAUGAACAAGCCCAAUACCACUACUGCCGUGACCGACGGAUCCGGCACCGUGGUAAAGGCUCGUGCCAACGAUGCUCCAAUACCCGCCUUCCACGAUCGACCGGGUGUCCUCGACCAAGAUGCGGUAUGGAGCUCGAUCCCGCAACGAAUAGCCCCCAUGUGGCCUGUAGAUACACCAAUGGAUAUCACCGUUGUCGUUUCCCCCACCUUCCAUAGAGAACAAAUAUCGAAGGUUGAGAAGGAGAGACGGAUUGUAGAAGAGACGGGCUUUGUAUUGGGCGAUUACAAUCAGAAUCGGGUGAUUGAUACCACUUUUGCCGUGCCCAAGGAGGUACAGAAUAACGGGACGUUAUGGGCGCAUUUCUUCGUGGGGAUUUCGGGGAGUAAAUUGGAUCCCUCGAGCCCGGGAUAUGAUACCACUCGCGCAUACCACUUCGUCCACCCUUUAACUCAAUAUAUUGUGCAAAAGAAGGUUAAGAAGACGAAGAAUCUACUUGCAGCUGCUGAGGAAACUCCGGAAGUCGAGGAGGAAGUGCCAUCCGGACCUACUGUCAAUUCUCACUAUCAUCCCAAUGUCACCUUUUCCUUCAUUCCGGAUUCGGCUGUCAUGGACUUCCCUAGUAUUUCACCUGCCGUACGACAGUAUGUUCGUUUGGAAGCAACAGGAGCAAGAGAUGGAUCAGGACAAAAUGGAUGGUAUUAUCCAGUUCUGUUCGUCAAUACUUUUUGGCAACUCAAAACGCAUAUGACGACUCUGAACUCUACCGUCACUCGACUUCCUAUUCAUAUUGAUUUGAACAAUUUCGCUAAUUGGAAGUUCUCUCUCCUUGCAAACAUUGACGAGAACUCCAAGCAAGCUGCUCGGAAUGCUGCCCAAGGUAUCUCUUCUCCAGGUGGUGGAGAUGGAAGUGAGUUCGAGAUGAUCAAAGAAGUCCUCAUAGACACAAACCCCUGGCUUCUUGGUACCACUAUCAUUGUCAGUAUUUUCCAUAUGGUAUUUGAGAUGCUGGCUUUUAAAUCCGAUAUCUCACAUUACCGUAACAAGAAAAAUAACAUUGGUAUUUCUGUCCGUUCUAUCCUUGGUAAUGUUUUCAUGCAAGCUGUCAUCUUCCUCUACUUGUUGGACAACAAUGAAAAUACUAGUAAGUAUUUCCUAGACCUCCAAACUACAUUGAAGAUUUUCCGUACUGAACUUAAACAGGUUGGAUGAUUCUCUUCAGUCAAGGCAUGGGCAUAGCUCUGGAAUUCUGGAAAAUCACCACAGUGGUCGAUGUUCGAAUCCGUGAUUCUGCGCCCGGCUCCUUCCUCCCUUACCGCAUCGCCUUUGAAGAUAAACACGUCCUCUCAGAAACCGAAGAGAAAACCAAAGAGUACGACGCCGUAGCAUUUAAAUACCUCUACCUGAUCGCUGUGCCUCUCCUCUUCGCCUACGCAGGUUACUCCCUCUACUACGAAACCCACAAAUCGUGGUACUCCUUUGUCAUCGCCACACUCGUCGGCUCGGUAUACGCAUACGGUUUCCUCAUGAUGGUCCCAAGUCUGUAUAUCAACUACCGAUUAAAGAGUGUGGCGCAUAUGCCAGCCAAGGCCAUGACGUAUAAAUUCCUUAACACGUUUAUUGAUGAUCUAUUCGCGUUCACGAUUAAGAUGCCUACCCUCCAUCGUCUGGCAACGUUGAGAGAUGACGUUAUUUUCUUUGUGUAUCUGUAUCAGAGUUGGAAGUACAAGGUUGAUUACACGCGAGUUAAUGAGUUUGGACAAGGGGGUGACGAGGAUGAGAUCAAGGAGGUCAAGGAGAUUGAGGGGAGGACUGUUCCGCUUGAUUCGGCGGGUAUUAAGCAGAUUGAGGGGGGUGAGGGUGCGAUUAAGGUUAGUGGGAGUGAGAAGAAGGGGAAGGCUAGUAAACGGAAAUAGAGGGAUUCGUGAACGAAUAGAUGGGUGGGUGGAUGGGUAUAUAUUUAAUGCUAUUUGGGUCGUACCUAUUGGGUCAUGGUCUUUAGAGCUACGAGUUUUGGAAUGAGAU